AUGAACUCACAGACAGACGGUCAUACGACUACGAGUGAAAUUACCGAGAAUAAUGAAGUAAAUAGUCAUAUAAGUGCAGACGAAAUGCGGGAGAACUUUACUGAUGGAGCAGAAGGUGGAGAGACCGGAAGUCAUGUCAACGUUCAACUUCCGGGAGGAAAUAUUCAGUUUGCUGGUUCACAGAACAGCCUAGGUAACAAUCACUCUUUUAUGUCGGCAAGUGCACAGUAUCAUAGGUUACCUAAACUUUCAUUACCGAAAUUUAAUGGCGACAUUUUAAGCUGGCAGACAUUUUGGGACUCGUUUGAGUCAACUGUUCAUCUCAACUGUAACUUAACGGAUGUGCAAAAAUUUUCAUAUUUGAAGAGUCAGCUUGAAGGAGAGGCGAAUCGGACUAUUGAUGGUUUUGCACUUACAAAUACAAACUAUGCACGUGCGACAGAACUGUUGAAAGAAAGAUAUGGCCAAAAACAUAAAAUAAUACACGCAACAAUGCAAUCAUUGCUUCAACUCCCAGCCCCCAAAAAUACUUUACAUUAUAUUCGUGAAUUCUAUGAUAAAAUGGAGACAUACAUUCGUGCACUGGAGAGUUUGGGCCAGCAACAAGAAUCUUACGGCGAUUUACUCGUGCCUAUUGUGCUCGACAAACUUCCGGGAGAAAUGACAAAAAAUCUCGCGAGAGGACACGGUGACAGGAAUUGGUUGUUAUGUGACUUACGUAGAGCUAUUUACAACGAAAUUAAUAUUAUGGAAGCCGGAUCAUACAACUCGAUUCAACCGGAAGUAGAAACUUACGGAUCUACUGCAUCAUUAUUCACCGGGGCAAGAAGUACCAGAGUUUCGAACAGUGCGCAUGUGACAAGAACUGGAAUUAAGUGUUCGUUUUGCAUGGAAUCCCAUAGAGCCAGAAAUUGCCGGAAGUAUCCUGAUGUAGCGUCAAAGUUAAAUGUUAUUAAGGAGAAAAAACUGUGUUUUAAUUGUUUAGGUAAACACCAAGUAUUCACGUGUAAGUCCACUAAGAGAUGCCAGAAUUGUAACAGAAAGCAUCACACAACUAUCUGUAAGUCUGAUAGCGGUCGUAAUUCCAGUGCAAGAAGUUCUACACAGCACACAUCUGAAGCUACAGUGAUGUAUUCUUCCGCGCAUCAAUUUAGAUCCGGGGUAUUGCUAAAGACAGCAAUGGCUGACGUUUGUUACAAAGAUAUAUGUAGCCCAGCAACCAUACUUUUUGACGAAGGAGCACAAAGAAGUUUUAUCACCGAAACUCUAGCAGACGAACUUCAAUUAGAGAGGGAAAAAUCCGAAACAAUCCGAAUAUCUGCGUUUGGUGGCAAAGGUAAUCAGAUGCAACACUUUGACCAAGCUACAGUGUAUCUUGUUACAGACAGAAAAAAGAAAAUACCACUGAAAGUUCUGAUUGUCCCGACUAUAGCGACACUUAUAGAUAACACGCAUAGCUCCGACAUUUCAAGUUUGCCUUACCUUAAAGGAUUAAAAUUGGCACAUCCAGUAACGCAUGAUAAAGAGUUCUCUAUUUCCUUGCUAAUCGGAGCCGACUUUUACUGGGAUAUUGUUGAGGACGAGAUUAUACGUGGCACAGGGCCUACUGCCGUUAAAUCGAAAAUCGGAUACCUUCUGUCUGGACCGAUCAAUUCAAGUAAAAGUAGCAGAAGUGUUGAACAGAUUUUGAACGUAAUGGUGUCUCACAUACCAGAGGACAUAUCGAUAGAACGUUUCUGGAGUCUAGAAAAUCUAGGAAUUACACCAGAUGACACAGACCGGAAGUUACAAGACGAAAGACAACAAUAUCAGCUGACGUCAAUUGAAUUCAAAGAUGGAAAGUAUACUGCACGAUUACCAUGGAAAACUGACCACCCGGAACUACCUACAAAUUAUGACAUUGUCCUGAAACGCACUGAAAGUACUGUCCGAAGAUUGAGCAGAGAACCCGAUAUGCUAAGAAAAUAUGGAGAUAUCAUUGUAGAACAAGAGAGACGAGGGUUCAUUGAAAGAGUUCAAGAGAAAGAGAUCCAGACGAAAAAGCCCAUCCAUUACAUUCCACAUCACCCUAUAAAGAAAAAUUCCUCAACUACGCCUAUAAGAAUUGUAUACGACUGUAGCUGCCGUAAAACAUCACACCAUGCCAGUCUGAAUGAUUGCCUACAGUCAACACCCCCAGUCUUAAAUGAACUCACCUCAAUUUUGCUGAGAUCUUGUCUGCAUGCGUAUGCUGUUACAACAGAUAUUGAAAAGGCGUUUUUGCAGGUGGGAUUACAUACAGAUGACCGAGAUAUGACAAGAUUUUUAUGGCUGAAAGAUCCGAAUGACCCCAACAGUGACUUUUCAACUUAUCGUUUUAAAGUUGUGCUUUUUGGUUCACCAUUCAUACUCAACGCAACGAUACUAAAACAUUUAGACAACAAUCCACAUACGACUGUAUCAGAAGUAUUACGUCAAGAUUUAUACGUCGAUAACGUCAUAUAUCCAGUUUCAAAGAAGAAGAAGAAUGCCUUAAUUACUUGA